AUGGGUUCUCCUGCCUUGGACUAUGACUCGCGGAAAGGAUUGAUUGAAAUUUGCGAACUCGUGGAGACCAUUGAGAGGCCCAUUGAGAUGGUGUGGUCUGUCAUAUCGGCUUUUGGUGCGAUAAAGACGUGGAUGCCGGGCAUCGAAACCUGUUACGUGCGGGAAGACAAGCCACAGCCACCAACUUACGGUGCCACCCGCGCCGUGGCUAAUUUGGGCAUCGUCAUGGAAGAAACAUUGGAGAUAUGGGAUCUCAAGGAGCACUUCAUUUCAUACCGUCUCCAAGACGGUGGUCCGUGGCCUAUUAAGGGAUGCCGUGGAAGUAUUAGGUUGCGCAAGCUGGACGCCGACAAAACAGAGGUGACUUGGAGAGCUGAUGCAGCAGAAGUGUCGUCCGAGGCUAUUGCCGAC